AUGUCGCCGAAGAGAGGUUGUCACAGCCUACAAAACGACAGUAUGGAGAAGAGAAUUAAACAAAUUUCAAUAGAAGGCAAUAUUGCGACAGGGAAAACUAAAUUUGUGUGCCUUCUUGAAGAACAGAGCAAUGACUGGGAGGUAGUUCCCGAACCGAUCGCCAGGUGGUGCAAUGUGCAAACACAACAAAGCGAGUUUGAAGAGCUGACCACGUUCCAGAAGAUUGGUGGUAACGUGCUGCAGAUGAUGUAUGAGAAGCCAGAGAGGUGGGCCUACACCUUCCAGACUUACGCCUGCAUGAGCAGGGUCCGCACCCAGAUGAAAGCCACCAAUGGGAAGCUCAGAGAGGCAGAGAACCCUGUGCAGUUCUUCGAGAGGUCCAUCUACAGCGACAGGUACAUCUUUGCAGCGAACCUGUAUGAGAAUGAGAGUCUGAAUGAGACAGAGUGGUCUAUCUACCAGGACUGGCACGGCUGGCUCCACAAACAGUUUGGGAAACGCAUCGAGCUGGACGGCAUUAUCUACCUUCGAGCCGCACCAGAGAGAUGCAUGGAGAGGCUGCAUCUGGGAGGCAGAGAGGAGGAACAGAGCAUUCCUCUGGAGUACCUGGAGAAACUCCACUUCGAACACGAGAGCUGGCUGCAGCACAAAACCAUACGCAUGGUAUAUGAGUAUCUGAACGACGUGCUCAUUCUGAAGCUGGAUGCCAACAAAGAUUUCAAAGGGGACAAGGUCAAGGGUGCCUUCAUGGUGGAAAAAGGUGUGAAUAUCUAUGUGUACAUCUAG